CCCACAAAGCCGACUUCCUAAUGGACAGGCACUAAGCCCAAUACCGGUCGAUCAAGUCAUUUCCUGAGACGUGGCUUCUGGAGAAAAGAUCCUCAUUCGAAUUCAAGCCUAGUUUGUGCAAUUUUGAUCGUUUGAGGUUCCCUUGGGGUUUUGGGUUUCUUGUUGAAAUUGAUAAGCAGUGUGAGUUUGUUGAUGGGGACGAGAGAGGUGUACGAACAGAAGCUGAGGAGUGGGAAUCUGCAUCAUGAUCCUACCAUGAAGCCAGGCCUCGGCACCCCUCGCUGCCCGCGUUGUCUCUCUCUCCUUGACCAUGAUUCAGGAAAGGGUGAAUGGACUAUCACUCCCGUUCUUCAUGACGCCACUGCUGUUGCUGGCUCGGGUAUUGGUGGAAUGCUUAGUGCAAUCCAUGGCUUCAAUACAGGGAUCCCGUACCUUCAGAAUCGCUUAAAAGGCCCAAAGUGGCUUCCUUUCUUAGUUGGGCUUCCUCCACUGCUACUCUUUUCGGGUGCCAGUGCUGCAUUUGGAGGUUAUGCACUUCCAAAGUUUGCUCAACUCACGGUGACUUCGUAUUAUGCCACCUCGAGUGCCUCACAUUACGGGAUUUCGCUUCUUACUCGACAUAUUGAAGAGACUCAUACCUCCCGCUCUCAGCAAGAAAGACUCAGAUGAUUUCUUGCAGGUGCACAUAUUAAAGAAUCUACUACAAUUUUGUAACUGAUGUUAUAUAUAUGGUUACUAUUAUUCUUCACUUUUUCCAAUAGAGCUUUUUGAAUAACAUUAUUAUGAAUAAUAAUAGUAUCUCAAGAUGAUUUUACCCU